UCCCUCAACACUUUCUUAGCUCUGAUUGGUUUCUAGUAUUGAUUUCCAAGGCGGGAAUUUAAUUUGUGAACUAGUUAGCUUGCUAGCUGAUGUUCAGUUUGUUUACGUCUCCGUCCAGAAGCUGAAAAUAGGUAAUAACGUUAACAAAUCGACUAACCCUGUUUCCACUGUGGUGUGUCCUGCGGUUGCCAUGGCUGCACCCUCAGUGGAGUACACUAUUGGUGGGGUGAAGAUAGGCUUCCCCUGCAAGGCGUACCCCUCCCAGCUGGCCAUGAUGAACUCUAUCGUGCGGGGCCUGAACCACGGGCAGCACUGUCUCCUGGAGAGCCCCACGGGCAGUGGCAAGAGCCUGGCCCUCCUCUGCUCAGCCCUGGCCUGGCAGCAAGCCCAGCACGCUAAAGCUCAGGAGGACGGCAGCCCCAAGGAGGCGGGCAAGAAGCCAGACAUGACCACGCCCUGCCAGUGCGCCUGCCACGCCACUCCUCCCAGAAUUCCCAGCGUUCCCGAGCCGCGGCCGCCCGUCGUGGAUCUCACAACCCCGGACAAAAAGGAGGGGGGCGCUGCCGCAGACGCCCCUCCCGAGGAGUACACGCCCCGAAGAAGCUCCCUGGCGUCCCGCCUGGCCCAGAAGGUCCAGGCCUCACUCGCCGCCGAGGAUGACGACGACUUCCUGCCCGACAGGAAGCGCGUGCGCACCCCUGCCGCAGAUCAGAAGGCCCCUGCGGCCUGCUCGCUGUGCCCCUGCGCCGCCUGCCCGGCGGGGCGGAAGGCGCCGGAAAAGGGCAAGGACCAGGAGACGGAGGGCGGGGCCACGAAGAAGAAGAAGAGCGUCCCCAAAAUCUUCUUCGGGACGCGAACCCACAAGCAGAUCGCGCAGGUGGCCCGGGAGCUGAAGCGCACGCUGUACUCCGGCGCGCCCAUGACCAUCCUGUCCAGCCGCGACCACACCUGCGUCAACCCCGAAGUGACCGCGCGCCCCAACCGCAACGAGCACUGCAAGGAGCUGCUGGACGGCAAGAACGGCCAGACGUGCAGGUUCUACCACAGCGUGCAUAAGAUGCAGGACCAGAACACGCUGCAGUGGGUGCACGGGCUGCACCAGGCCUGGGACAUCGAGGAGCUGGUGCGCCUGGGGGGGCGCCUGCGCGCCUGCGCAUACUACGCCGCCCGCGAGCUCAUGCAGGACGCCAGCAUCGUCUUCUGCCCCUACAACUACCUGCUGGACCCGCUCAUCAGAGAGAGCAUGGAGAUCAACCUGAAGGGGCAGGUGGUGGUGCUGGACGAGGCCCACAACAUCGAGGACUGCGCCCGCGAGAGCGCCAGCUACACCGUGGAGCAGGGCCAGCUGCUGGCCGCCCGCGACGACAUCGACGCCAUGGUUACCUACAACGUCCGCCCCGCCCACCACCAGCCGCUGCGCGCCUUCUGCUGCAGCCUGCUCAACUGGGUGCAGGACAGCUGCAGUGCUCUGCAGGAGAGGGAGUAUGAGAGCUCCUGUAAGGUGUGGACUGGGACAGAGGUGCUGGGGAUCUUCCACGGCCUGGGAAUCACACCUGCCACCUUCCCCAUGCUGCAGAAGCACCUGGCGGCUGUGCUGGAGAAGGAGGAGCGGGUGGGCGUGGUUAACGGGCGGGAGGACACGGUGCAGGUCCCCACAAUCAGCUCCCCAACGCAGGCCGUGCUCAAGAGCCUCUUCAUGGUGCUGGAGUUUCUGUUCCGCAACAACUGCAGGUUUGCGGAGGACUACCGCGUGGCGCUGCAGCAGACCUAUGCCUGGACCACGCAGCCGGACCUGCCCGACGCCCACGGCUUCUUCGCCCGCCCCCAGCGCCGUCGCCGCAGCAACCGCACCAAGACCCUGGUGCACACGCUCAGCUUCUGGUGUCUGAACCCUGCUGUGGCUUUCUCAGACCUGACUGACUCGGUCCACACCAUUGUCCUGACCUCCGGCACGCUGUCCCCCAUGGGGUCCUUCUCCUCCGAGCUGGGCGUCCACUUCUCCAUCCAGCUGGAGGCCAGCCACGUCAUCAACAGAUCCCAGGUCAGUAGGCGAAGCAAUUGUGAUGUCACAGGUGAGUGUGGGGUCGCUUGGCACUACGUGCGCACCUUCCAGGACGGGUGCGUGCGCCCGCGGUGGCGCCUGCUGUGGGUGUGCCAGACCGUGGGCCACGGGGUCCUCUGCUUCCUGCCGUCCUACAAGAUGCUGGAUAAACUGCGUGAUCGCUGGACUAACACAGGCCUCUGGGAGAAGAUGGAGGAGCGGAAGACUGUGAUCACCGAGCCCAGGGGGGGGGCCAAGGGCGACUUCGACGAGCUGCUGCAGACCUACUACAGCGCCAUCCGGAGUCCGGGGGACAGGGAGGGGGCGCUGCUGAUCGCUGUGUGCAGGGGGAAGGUCAGUGAGGGGCUGGACUUCACGGAUGACAACGCCCGCGCCGUGGUGACCAUCGGAAUCCCCUUCCCCAACAUCAAAGACCUGCAGGUGGAGCUGAAUCUAUGCAGGUGUAUCCGACACAAGAACGACUGGGGUGCUCUUAUACUGGUUGAUGACCGCUUCAGAUGUAACCCCAACAAAUACAUUACAGGUCUGUCCAAGUGGGUGCGUCAGCUGGUGCAGCACCACAACACCUUCAGCGACGCCAUCCAGUCGCUGGCGUCAUUCUCGCAGUGCCAGCAGGGGGCAGCGGCUAGCCAGGCGAACGGGCCCGGCCCUGAGCCCUGCUCCGCCCCCCUCCCCCCUCCCUCGAGCAGUCCUGCCGUGUGCCCGCCUCCCCAGCUCGAGCAACGGGACCCCCCCACGGCAGUAGCCCCCCCCACAGGGAGACAAACCUCAGGUGACCCGGCGGCUUCGGACGACUGUCACGCACGCGAGCGACGCCGAGCGCCACGCCCGGCCCGCGGGGGUGGGGCCAGCGAGGGCGGGGCUCGGGCCCGGGCCCCCCCCUCGUCGCCGCGGCCCGUCCACCCCUUCUUCACCUCCACGCCCGUCUGCACUCCCUUCAGGACGCCCCUGUUCAAGGCCUGGGGGGGGCCGGACUGCGGGCAGGGCGGGGCCCCCCGCCCGGGGGACAGCGGGACAGAUCGGGUGGGAGGGGCCAGGGGAGGCAGCCCGGCAGCAGACAGGGAUAGGGGCGGGGACUGUGGGGGGCAGGAAGGGGCGGGGCCGGACCCAUCGUGUGCAGACUUGGGUCUCUCCCCUGUGAGGGCUCCCCCUUGUGGCCAGCCCCAGAAAGACACCAGCGCGGUGACCGUCCUCGACGAAGAGGAGGACGAGGAUCAGUCCGUGUGCUUCACGCCAGAGAUGUUUGAGGAUGAGGAGGAGGAGAAGGAGGUGGCGGGCGAUAAAGAGGAGGAUAGACCCCCCCCACCCCGCCAGGUUCCCCCCGGGGCAGAACCGGACCCCCCAGGCCUGUCUCCGCCCCUCUCUGACGGGGCGGUCCGGGCGUCGUCCGAGGACCUCUUUGGAGGCGCGCCGGCCACUCCCCCGGCUGUUGCUGAUGCGGUUGCCGCGGUAUCUGUUGCCGCGGUAUCGGGGCAGGCCGGUGUGAGGGAUAGCUCGGGACAGGAAGUCCCCACGCAGCAGCCGGGCAGGGAGGCCAAUCGCAGGACACACAGGCUCUCCAGGUCUAGACAGAAAGGUGUUCCCCCGUCCGCAGGUAAACUCACCUCUUACUUCCCCUCUCUCUCCCCAGCCAGCCCCUCCCACGUCAUCCACAUAGAAGAUUAGACCACGGAAACACGCGUGCCCUCUUCUGGCCCUUAAUGCCCCAGCCCCGGGGCAGUUAUACUCGGGGGUGUCGGAGGUAGUAGAGCGCAUCAAAAUGGCCGAAUUGCAUUGUUUUUUUUUAUAUCAUGCUCUUAUUCAAACGAACCAAAUACUCCAUCUUGUUUUAAUACAAACAAAUGACCUCACGGUGAUUGUUUCUGAUUGGACCUUUUUCGAGAGGGGGUUUCGCACGGAGUCGUAAUUCUAAUUCGAAAUGAAGCGCUUUUGGGUUCGGUCUCAACCCUACGACCCUCCGCUGUGAACUGAGGGGGGGUCCAGCCGGGAUUCGGGAUGCGGAUUGCUGAGAAGAGGAGACCGUGAGAAACGUUUAAGCACCUCUCCUGCUGAGAGGAGGGUGAGAAGCAGCAGCUUCAUGCUGGACUCUCCUGAAAUAAUGUCCCCACACGUGUUCUUAAAUGUGUGUCUGUUCCAAUAAAAUAUUCUGUGUUGUUUUAA